CCAAGGUUUAAUAUUAAAGUGCCUCGAGUAAUUGUAAAUUUAAUUAAAAGAUGCUUGGAUGCAAAUCAAUUAAAAAGGCCAAAAGCGGAGGAAAUUAAAAAAUUUUUAAGCCAGUGGCUUAGAGAAUUAAAUGAAUUGCAAAAUAUUAGUGAAUUUGGAAUAUCAUCUAAAACACAUUCAGAAGCUAUUUAUACCAGUAGACUGCUUAACUUUAAUAAUCUUCCUGAGCCAAAAAAUACUGAUGAUUAUUAUAAAGAGAAUGAUAAUAUAAUUAGCAUGAAAUCUUCAGAAUCCUUAUUAAUUGAUAUCUCUCAAUUAAAAAUCAAUGACAAUAAUCUUCCUGAGCCAAAAUAUUCUGAUGACUAUUAUAAAGAGAAUGUUAAUAUAAUUAAUAUGGAAUCUCCAGUAUCCUUGCAAAUUGAUAUUUCUCAAUUGUCUGAUCACAAUAGGCGAAGAUAAAUCUAGGAUUAGAAUAUAAUUAAGCAAUUUCUAUUAUUAUUUCUUUUUUGAAAUUUUUUUUGCUAUUACAAUUAAAAAUUCUAAUUGACAUUAAUUUUUGUAGAACGGUUUAAAAAAAUUGUUUACAAAUUAUGUUUUAACUCAAUUUUUAAAAUGUGAAUGAUGUUUUUUUGUUUUUUAUUAGUUAGUUGAAUUGUUAUUUUUAUUUAUAUUUUAUUUAUUUAAUAAAUUAUAAGGUCAUAGUGAGGAAUAGAAGUAGGAGUAGGUUAGAUAAAAUUUUAAAUUGUCUUAUUGCUUAGUAAUUUAUUAAUAUCUGGCACUAAAUUGUAUUGACUGAAAUAUGGAAUAAAAUUUCCGUAGUUAUUAAUACUGGCAACAAUUUUUAAUUUAUCAUUGCCGCCAACUGAUUUUCGUAUCUGAAAUUAUUUAAAAAUCGGCCAAAUUUAUUUCUAACUAAUUGGCUGAUUAGUUAGUACUAAUAUAGUCG